AUCUGAGUUAUGAUUGUGUGUGGCCGUAAUUUUUUAUUAUUUUGAAGGAAGACAACGUGGCGGUUUAUGAUUAGAUGGUGUCAAACUCGGCUCUACAGCAUAUCCGGACAGAAGUGACUCCAAUUAAAAGUCACGAACACGCUCCUCUCUCUUUUACAGUCUCACUCUGUUUUCCUCUCUCUGCACUGUUACUGCUUGGCCACCGUGACCUAGUCACCGAACUCUGCCCCAUCUCGAAGCUCUCCACCACACCCCAACUUUCUACUUCUCAUUCUCUGCCAUAUAACUCUGAAGUAUUGUCUCCUGCACCCACUCUCUUUCGGGUUUCCAUCGGCCAAUUCAAGCUUUGGUUGGACGUAACAAUGGCAGGAGUAAUAAGAAAGUUUUUCAUUGCGUCCAUGUUUAUGUGGGUUGCUCCUGUUGCAAUAUUGUAUGGUUUUAACCAUAAUUUGCUUCCAGGUUCAACACAGUUGUCUCCCCAUUCUCUGACGCUGGUUAGUGGCUUCCUUGCUGUCAUAUCUGUCAAUGUGGUUAUUGCCCUCUAUGUAUAUAUGGCAAUGAAGGAACCUUCAGAUAAACAUGAGCCAGAUCCUGCAUUUCUUGCUGAAGCGAAAGCUAGUGUCAGUCAGUCUACAAGUCCAGCCGAUAAUUCUUCCCAGCCAGGAAAGAAGCAACAGUAGUUUAAGCUUAAAGCCUUUCUCGUGUACCAAAAAUGAAAAAAAAUGCUGAGAAAACUUGCUGGUUGGAUAAUUGUCAAAAUUUCACAUGAUAAAGUUAUUCUCAAGCUUGGUGUUUGAUUAUUA